CCCACUCGACGGCUGUAUCUGGGGCGGUCAGGACCCAGAGCUUCCUUGGCCCGCCGUGUCCAGGCAGCCAGGACCUCAGGGCCCACGACCGCUGCCGAGAUGCUCCAGGGCCCCUUCUCCGUGCUCCUCCUCGGGGGGCUCCUGGGGGUCCUCCAUGCCCAGCAGCAGGAGGUCACCUUGGGGGGCACUUCUGAGCGGAACAACAACUGCCCAGAGAAGGCCGACUGCCCCGUCAACGUGUACUUCGUGCUGGACACCUCGGAGAGCGUGACCAUGCAGUCCCCCACGGACAGCCUGCUCUACCACAUGCAGCAGUUUGUGCCGCAGUUCAUCAGCCAGCUGCAGAACGAGUUCUACCUGGACCAGGUGGCCCUGAGUUGGCGCUACGGUGGCCUGCACUUCUCGGACCAGGUGGAGGUGUUCAGCCCGCCAGGCAGUGACCGGGCCUCCUUCACCAAGAGCCUGCAGAACAUCCGCUCCUUCCGCCGGGGCACCUUCACUGACUGCGCGCUGGCCAACAUGACCCAGGAGAUCCGGCAGCACGUGGGCCGCGGCGUGGUCAACUUCGCCGUGGUCAUCACCGACGGCCACGUCACCGGCAGCCCAUGUGGGGGCAUCAAGCUGCAGGCUGAGCGGGCCCGCGAGGAGGGCAUCCGGCUCUUUGCCGUGGCCCCCAACAGGAACCUGAAUGAGCAGGGCCUCCGGGAUAUCGCCAGCGCCCCCCACGAGCUCUACCGCAACAACUAUGCCACCAUGCGGCCCGCGUCCACCGAGAUCGACCAGGACACCAUCAACCGCAUUAUCAAGGUCAUGAAACACGAAGCCUAUGGAGAGUGCUACAAGGUGAGCUGUCUGGAGAUCCCUGGACCACCAGGCCCCAAGGGCUACCGUGGACAGAAGGGUGCCAAGGGCAACAUGGGUGAGCCAGGAGAGCCCGGACAGAAGGGGCGACAGGGAGAUCCAGGCAUCGAGGGCCCCAUUGGAUUCCCAGGACCCAAGGGUGUUCCAGGCUUCAAAGGAGAGAAGGGUGAAUUUGGAGCUGACGGUCGAAAGGGGGCUCCAGGCUUGGCCGGCAAGAAUGGGACUGAUGGCCAGAAGGGCAAGCUGGGCCGCAUCGGGCCUCCUGGCUGCAAGGGAGACCCUGGAACCCGGGGCCCUGACGGGUACCCAGGGGAGGCUGGAAGCCCAGGCGAGCGGGGAGACCAAGGCGCCAAGGGGGACUCUGGCCGCCCGGGACGCAGAGGGCCUCCAGGAGACCCAGGAGACAAAGGAAGCAAGGGUUACCAAGGCAACAACGGAGCCCCGGGCAGUCCUGGCGUGAAAGGAGCCAAGGGGGGGCCUGGGCCCCGCGGACCCAAAGGCGAGCCUGGGCGCAGGGGAGACCCCGGAACCAAGGGCGGCCCCGGCAGUGACGGUCCCAAGGGAGAGAAGGGGGACCCUGGCCCAGAAGGGCCACGGGGCCUGGCCGGAGAGGUCGGCAACAAAGGAGCCCAGGGAGACCGAGGAUUGCCUGGACCCAGAGGUCCCCAGGGGGCCCUUGGGGAGCCCGGAAAGCAGGGAUCUCGGGGAGACCCUGGUGAUGCUGGACCCCGCGGAGACUCGGGACAGCCAGGCCCCAAGGGAGACCCUGGCAGGCCUGGAUUCAGCUACCCGGGACCCCGGGGAACCCCCGGAGAAAAAGGCGAGCCCGGCCCCCGUGGCCCAGAGGGAGGCCGAGGGGACUUCGGCAUGAAAGGAGGACCUGGGAGGAAAGGAGAGAAGGGGGAGCCCGCAGAUCCUGGUCCCCCUGGUGAGCCAGGCCCCCGGGGGCCGAGAGGAGUCCCAGGACCUGAGGGUGAGCCCGGCCCCCCCGGAGACCCCGGCCUCACGGAGUGUGACGUCAUGACCUACGUGAGGGAGACCUGUGGCUGCUGUGACUGCGAGAAGCGCUGUGGGCCCCUGGACGUGGUCUUCGUCAUCGACAGCUCAGAGAGCAUCGGCUACACCAACUUCACCCUGGAGAAGAACUUUGUCAUUAAUGUGGUCAACAGGCUGGGGGCCAUGGCCAAGGACCCCAAGUCAGAGACCGGGACCCGCGUGGGCGUGGUGCAGUACAGCCACGAGGGCACUUUCGAGGCCAUCCAGCUGGACGACGAGCGCAUCAACUCCCUGUCCAGCUUCAAGGAGGCCGUCAAGAACCUGGAGUGGAUUGCGGGCGGCACCUGGACGCCGUCAGCCCUCAAGUUCGCCUACAACAAGCUCAUCAAGGACAGCCGCCGCCACAAGACCCGCGUGUUCGCUGUGGUCAUCACGGAUGGGCGCCAUGACCCACGGGACGACGACCUGAACCUGCGGGCGCUGUGCACGGGUGACGUCACCGUGACAGCCAUCGGCAUCGGUGACAUGUUCCACGAGCGCCACGAGAGCGAGAACCUGUACUCCAUUGCCUGUGACAAGCCGCAGCAGGUGCGCAACAUGACCCUCUUCUCCGACCUGGUGGCCGAGCGCUUCAUCGACGACAUGGCGGACGUCCUCUGCCCUGACCCCCAGAUCGUGUGCCCGGAGCUUCCCUGCCAAACAGAUGGAGCGCGGCCUGGCGGCGAGCCCCCGGUCACCUUCCUCCGCACGGAAGAGGGCCCAGACCCCACCUUCCCCAGGACCAUCCCCCUGAUCCAGCAGUUGCUAAACACCACCAAGGUCACACAGGACCCGGCCUCCUACUCCCAGCUGGUGGCCGUGAUGGUCUACACCGCAGAGCGGGCCAAGUUCGCCACAGGGGUCGAGCGGCAAGACUGGAUGCAGCUGUUCAUUGACACCUUUAAGCUGGUGCACAGGGACAUCACUGGGGACCCUGAGACGGCACUGGCGCUCUGCUGAGGCACAGGGCCAUGUGUGCAGAGAGGCUGGAGCUGCCCCCACUCCGCUCCUUAGCUUCGAGGCCUGCCUUUCACAAACCGAGGGYUUCAGAGGCACCGUGGCCCCACUGUCUGGAGGCAAGAAUGGAGGCGUCUCCAGGGCCACAUUCCCUCCAGAGGCCGGCUCCACCCGGGGCCUUCCUGCUCUUCAGCUGGGGUUCCGCCAGCCUUGGCUCCUGGACCCCUCACUCCAGCCUCACCUGGUCUCCCCCUGGCCCUCCUCUGCCUGUGUCCUCUCCUUGCCUUACAAGGACAAUGGUCGUUGAAUUAAGGCCUGCCCUAAAUCCAGGUGGUUCCCAUCUCAAGCUCCUUCACCCAGCGCUGUCCUUCUUUGCCACAUAAAGUGACCAUUACCUCUUGGGGGUUAGAACGGGUCCUCAUUGGGGGACCAUUAGUCAGCCCACUACACCAGCACUCUGCUGAGCUGCCYCAGGGUGUGGGUGGGAGGUGUGCGGUCAGCGCCCAGGGAUGUCUUCUUCGCUGGGUCCCAGUGUCUGGUCUACCCUGGUCUCAGACUUGGACAGUGACCCUGAGUUUAGUGACGCUGGGUAUUCUUGGCCCACAGGUGACCAGGACUAGGUGGCAGUGGCUCUUUGGGGAGCCGGGCAGUCCUGCAGCCAGGAUACCUUUGAGCCAGCCAUGAGGUCACACCACGUGUCUGACCUCCAGGCAUCCCAGCUAACCUCUGGGUGCCUGAGACAUUCCUGGUGCCUGUCCACCCUUGGCGAGGCAUUGCUGCCCUCAGGCGCCUUGGCCGGACCUGUAGGGUACUCUGCUGAUGUGACGGCCUUCCCUAGGGAGCACGGUGGAGCAUCGCUGCCCCAGGCAGGCCUAGGCAGGGGCUCUGAGCAAGCCCCAGGGGCCCUCCUUCUGCCCUGGGCAUCCCUCCUGCUGUGGGGGUGGUGGGCAGGAAGGGGCGCCCACAGGACUGGGAGGUGCAGAGGCUGCCAGAGUCUCAAGACUGCUGACCACUGUGCACCUCUGCCUGCCCCGGACAGAAGCCACUUGCUGCUUGUCUGUCUCUGUGUUUCUGGUGACGACUGUGAGGAAGUUUGUCAGUUUUGAGGGCUUGUCACUCCUGGCCACUCCCCGGGUCCUCUGAUCGAGGGCCAGGGGUGGUCUGCACUAGAAUAACGGCGUCGUUACUGAGCUCAUUGAAAAGACCAUGCCCGAUACUCAGUUGUGGCGUGGGGGUGGGGGGCGGUCCACCCCAGAAACAUAAAGGUGGACAUAAAGCUGAGCCGUGUGAAGAGGCAGAGCCGUGCACGCCUGUGGGUGUGUGAGGCCCUGGGUCUUGAGCAUCUAGGGUCCUGGUGGACUCCCUGAUGGCAUCAAGGGGGGACCAGCCAAUCCAUGGCCCCUUCCAAGGCAAGGAGCUGGGCACAGUCCCUGGUGCACAGACAGAGGGGUCCCAGCGCAUGGGCUCUGACACCCUGCAGGUAGUCACCCAGGCUGCCCUUGUGUCCAGAGCUGGUGGACGGUCACACAGGGGGGCGUCUUGGCAGUAGUGUGUCUCCGAGAAGCCACACCUGAGCUCGCUGCAGCAAGCCCAGGGGACACGGGCUCCUGACCUCCUGGGAGACACGUGGCCAGUUCCAGUGCUCAGGGCGGGUGGGCAGCUCUGAGGUGGUCAGGGCCAGGGGUCCCACGGGAUGGUGUCCAUUUUCCGACCCAGAAGGGCCUGGAGGUGCUGGCCUGGGCAGGGCACAGUGGGAGGCCCCUCUGGCUCCAGGUUUGGGAGUGUUCCUGGCAGGAGGACCUGCUUCUCCCUGACAGAGCCUGGGCCCAGGACCCGCACCUGGCUGAUCUGCUGGGACCCCCGUAGUGGCCAGGGUGAGGCCCCCAGGCCCACAGUUCAGGGCACUCUGGACAGAAAGCACAGAGGGAAUGUCCCGCCCGCCCCCACGGCAG